AUGGUUUUAAAUAUAAGAAUAGCAUCAACAUCAGUGUUCGAUACAUUCGAUACCACUUUACUUAGACGUCCCAGUAAUCUUAUAGAUGUAUACAGUUGUAGUUUUGCCAACUUCCAUACUGGAUCGAUAACAUAUCCUUUACUUCAAAAUCAGGAGAGUGCCUUAGAAUACGGAACACAGAACGGGAGAGGAGGACUUGGAUCUGUCUAUGUUUUUGCAACAGGAAAUAGUGGUGGUAGUGAUACCAGUUUAUUUCGGGAUAGCUGUGCAUAUGACAGAUUGGUUACCAACAGAUAUGUGAUAGCAGUAGCAGGUAUCCAACAUGAUCUUCAGAAAUUGCAAAAUGGUGAAGCUUGUAGUGCUAUGAUGGUUGCAGCUUUUACGGCAGAUGCAAACACAGAAAAAAAUAAAACUUUGAUAACAACAGAUGUUCGAGGUACAACAACAAACCAUUUCUACCAAAACUCUGCAGCAGCUCCCAUGGUAUCUGGUGCCGUAGCGCUUGCGUUAAGUGCCAACCCAGCUUUAUCUUACCGAGACAUUAUGCAUCUACUUGUAAACACAUCAAGAAGUGAUCUUCCAGAUAAUUUAUUUCGGAGUAAUUUCUUUCGAAAUGCUGCUGGAUUCUACGUAUCAUCCAUCUUUGGAUUUGGAUUACUCGAUAUUGGCACUUUAGUUGAAAGAAGUAAAACCUGGAUUAACGUUCCACGUAGACAGAAUUGUACAGAAGUCAAACAUUUAAACAGACCCAUUAAUAAUAACUCCACAUAUUUUGUGGUUGGAAUCCAUAGCUGUCCUGCUACCUAUAUAGAACAUGUUAAAAUUUCGUUAAAAGUAAACCAUGAUUAUGCGGGAAAAAUACAAUGGGUUCUGAUAUCUCCUCAUGGAACAAAAUCUAAAGUCAUUCCUGGUAGAGGUCUCGAUUCUAUAAAAGAUAUGGACAUAACAGUCUUAACCGUACAAAUGUGGGGAGAAAAUCCAAUUGGAAACUGGAAGCUCAAGCCCACUCCAGUUUUUGAUGCAUCUCUAGAUCAAGGUACUGUAGAAUCAGUAGGUCUAGUUAUUCAAGGAUAUAGAUGUAUAGGUCAACACUGUCCACUUCCUGCAGAAGAAGGUGACGGAAUUUGGAGUGGAUGGUCUAUCUGGUCACAGUGUACAGUUACAUGUGGACAAGGAACUCAAAGACGAAAAAGACAAUGUAACGAUCAAAUCAAUGCAAGAUCUUGUAUAGGAGAAAAUUCACAGAUAUCCUCAUGUAAUACUGAAUGUCUGCGUGAAAUUCAAACUGCAAAUGCUACUAAUGAAUGCCCGUCGAUGGUUAGAGAGAGGUGUGUUGAACAGUGUUCAACAGACAGUGAUUGUUCGGGAAGGAGAAAAAAUAAAUGUUGCUUUAAUGGAUGUGGCCAUACAUGUGAGAUAUCUACUACAUUUUGGAAUGAAUGGUCUACGUGGUCACAAUGUACAGUAACGUGUGGACAAGGAACUAAAAUGAGAAGAAGACGAUGUUAUCCAAGUCAUUGUACAGGGGAAAUAUCUGAGACUUUACAUUGUUAUCGAGAAGAAUGUCCGCGUGAUGAACAAUCAGAUUGCGUUGAUAGCUAUGGAUAUUGCCGGAGUCCCUUUCACCGAAUUUGUGAAACCAGAACCCAACGUUAUCAAGCAUACUAUUGUAGACGGACAUGUGGUUUGUGCAAUUUUUGA